AUGGAGCGCGUAAUCCGAUUCAUGGAUGCCUUCACCCUGAAGAGACCUAUCAGCCUAAUCCAAGACAAACUGACGCCAUUUGAACUCGAAAUUAUCAACUUUCGGCUGACCCCUGAAGACCUGCAAAAUUCGGAUGAAGAGUUCAAGAAGUUCAAGACAGCAAUGGAUGCCAAGAACUCGAAGAGGGGAAACGCAAAGAAACCCUCGACUACUGCGGCUGCUACAACCGCGAGACCCAAUGCCAAAGGCAUUGGACUUGGCAACCUGAUCAGAGCUGGUCAGCAUGCGUCACACCCCAUGCUGAUCGAAGUCAAUGAUCAAGAUCAGCAGGUCAGUGCUGCGACCAGAGAGGGAGAGGUAUUGGAGCUGGACGAUGAGAAUCAGAGAAACGUGGAUCAAUGGUUUCGUCGUCUGAGUGUAGACAGGAACUGGCGUUCGACUCGUGUUGACUUCAUUAUCGACUUGGUGCACAAGCACUACGACAUACGGCCCAGUGACGCUAUGGUUGUCAUGGACGAGAGUGUCUAUUUUCUAAGCAUUCUCCAGCUUGCCCUCCAGCAAUCCCACGAGCCUUUCCCAUCCUAUACCCUGGAUGGUAGGCUGCACCCUGCCGAGCGAGACCAUGUUAUACGAUCAUUCAACAACGCAACUGGCACAAGGGUUAUGUUUGUUAGUCGAGGAGUGGGAGCUCAGGGCCUCAACCUUCAGGCCGCCAACGUUAUCAUCCAGUGCAACGUUUGGUGGAAGCGGUCCUGGGAAGAGCAGGCAUGGGGGCGCGUCCAUCGAACCUGGACAAACACGGCCCGUCUUCGUCUAUCAACUCCAGGCCAGAUGUGA